AAGGCCGUCACAUGACAUCGACCAAUCCAAGCAGGAAGUGUUUCUGAAAAAACAACGUGACGACACAGGGAACCGGAAUUACCGCCGAGAAUAAUGAAGAACAGUCAACUACGAUAAAGGACGUCUUUCCGAAUGUUUACAGUACAGUAGCCUUAUCGUGAAACGGAGUUUGAAAGAACAAGACAAGGCGCUUUGCGUUGCGCUGCUCUUGAGCGGGUUUUAAUCAACAUCUAAAAUGACAGCAUCGGUUUUUUUCGGGUGCACAUUCAUUGCAUUUGGACCCGCCAUCGCUUUGUUCCUGUUUACUAUUGCCCGUGAUCCGCUACGGGUCAUAUUCUUGAUAGCAGGAGCUUUUUUCUGGCUGGUUUCUCUGCUGCUGUCUUCGCUGGUGUGGUUCAUCUCGGUACAGAUCAGCAACAAGGAGAGUGCCCCACAGCAGAGAGGUCUGCUGAUAUUCGGAGUGGUGCUGUCAGUCUUACUGCAGGAACUGUUCCGCUUCGGUUACUACAAACUACUCAAGAAAGCAAAUGAAGGCCUUCUUGCACUCAGCCAGGAGGAGACCAUGCCUAUCUCCAUUCGCCAGCUGGCCUAUGUCUCUGGCCUGGGCUUUGGGUUCAUGAGUGGAGCUUUCUCGGUGAUCAACAUCCUGGCAGACUCGGUGGGACCGGGCACCGUGGGUAUCCAUGGGGACUCCCAACACUACUUCCUGUCCUCAGCGUUCAUGACCAUGGCCAUCAUCCUUCUCCACAUGUUCUGGGGAGUGGUGUUCUUCGACGCCUGUGAAAAGAAGCGCUGGUGGUGCCUGGUCAUCGUGGUUGCCAGCCACCUCCUCGUUUCAUGUCUGACCUUCCAGAACCCCUACUAUGUGGGCAGCCUGGUGCCCACCUACAUCAUCAUGUUUCUGAUGGGCGUGUGGGCCUUCUGCUGUGCGGGGGGCUCCCUACGCAACCUCAAGCUUUGCCUAACCUGCAAAGACAAGGACUUCCUACUGGCCAAUCACAGGCCAAGAUAACGCAGUACCUCAGAAGCGACAACGAUCUGGGGGACUAUAUAAAAAGAUCACGGCAAAUCCUUUCCUGGGGGUCUAAGGGAUGAGGCGGACGAGGUUGUGAUACCUCCUCAAUGUAAAAAAAAUCUAUCCCUAGAUAGAAAAAAAAACCGUAUUCAAUGUUUUCGUUUUUAAUUGCUCUAUUGGAUUCUUCUGUCAAUGUGUAAAAAAUGUCCUCUUUUUCCAUCACUCUUGAGAAACAAACACAUCAUUCAAGUAUACCAACGUUGGUGUACUAUUAUGUGUUUAUUAUUUACGCUCUUCCCAUCAACAUAUGGGCAUUCAGUUCAUUGAGUAGAUGCUUUUGUCUAAAGCGCCUCGCGAGUAGGGCAUAUUGUGGAUGCUAGGGCUGUUAUGCAAAUGCAAGGAUGCUUCCUGUAACCUUGAUACCUGAUUAGGAAUAUUCCUUGUUAGGAACCUACCUUGGGGAAGUGUUUCAACUAGUAGCCCGUCCAGGUAGCCCCUCUGUCUAUUAACUAUUGGAGCUAGCUGGUUGUUGUUUUGUCUCGUUCUUCAUAACGACUAAAUUAAACGAUUAUUUGUAAGAAACAUGGAAGCGGUCAAAUAAAUGUUGUUGCAUCAACAAAUUCAUGUAGUUAGCCUUAAACAUGGGUAACUAAAACAUGAUUCGAACAACUUCUCGGUGGUUCUUGUGAUGCACAGCCUUAUUGGAUAUCCGUUUAGGAUAUUCAAGGAACCAUUUGAUGCCUCCUUGAAAUUUUUGAAUAAGGACGUCACUAUCCCUCCAUAUCCCCAUUAUUUCUACCUACUUAGGAAGCAUCCUUGCAAUUGUGAAACAUCAUUUAGAACGAAAAAUUGCCUCAAAUGUAUUCAGUGCCAUCAAAACAGUUUUGGUACAGACAUGAGGAUUGAUCCCGGAUGUAUUUACUUUAAAACAGAGCAAGCAAAAUAUCAAUCCAAUAUCAAUGUAAAGUGUGCUUCACCACACAUAAACCCAUCACUAACCUGUCUCUUGCGGACCUUGGUACCUGUUGUUUCACACCUGUACUGAUCUGUGAGUGGAAGCACAUCCCAUUUUCCUACCUUCCCCUUUCUUUCCAUCACUCACUAAAUAGAAGUGAUCACACCACUUCAACUUCUGUUGUAGCGGCAAAACGGCUGCAAAACUCUGUGGUCAUACUCAGUACAAAAACCAUAGUCAGCUGUUGUAUGUGUAUUGCAAUUUAGUCAUGUAGCCCUUUUCUCUAGAUAAUGGACAGUUAAUGGACAUUGCUCUUGUUGCAAUAAUUGUUGAUUCAAUUAAUAAGUCAAUUGGAAUGCAUUUUUACCACACAGUCUGCAGAAAUGAUGUUUUUGUGUGUUGUACAUAAUUCAUAAUUUAGGAUUGUAUUAAGAUCACUGAUAAUGCUUAAAGAUUGGAUAAUAAACAAUGUUUCCACUGGACGAUUGAAGCAAA